AUGAAGUCCUUCUUCUUCGCCGCCGGCACUCUCGUCGCCGCUGCCUACGCCCAGGACAGCGCCUCCAGCGCCGUCUCCUCCGUCGUCGCCUCGGCCGCCUCCGGCGCGAGCUCCGCCGUGAGCUCCGCUGCCAGCGUUGCCAGCUCUGCUGCUGCCGUCAGCACCGUUCCCUACUCCAACGGCGCCACCUCUUUCCUUACCAUGACCAACUCCCUCGGCGUCGUUACCGGCCAGCCCACCCAGCCCGCUGCCGUCACCUCGCAGCCCAAGGUUGCCACCAUCCCUGCCGGCACUGGUCUGUACACCAUUGCCAUUGGCAGCGUGACCAACAUUGUCGUCUCCGCCGGCAGCACCGUCACCUCCAUCGUCGGCGGUGAUGCCACCAUCGUCAGCACCUCGUCGGGCCAGGUCAUCGUCUCUGCCACUGGCACCGCCGCCUCGGCCGCCGCCUCGGGCUCUGGCUCUUCCGCCUCGGGCUCUGGCUCGUCCGCCUCGGGCUCUUCCGCCUCUGCUUCUGGCUCUUCCGGCUCGUCGGCCUCGGGCUCGUCUUCCGAGUCUGGCUCGUCCGCUUCUGGCACCGCUUCCGGCUCUGCUGCCUCGUCGAGCUCGACUGGUGCUGCUGCCGCCGUCAAGGUUGCCUCGGGCGCUCUCUUCGGUGCUGGUGCCGUCUUCGCUGCCUUCUUGUAA